AUGAAGAUGACGACGAUGAUGCUGAUGCUGAAGACCCAGCCGGCGAUGGCCCCGCAGGACACAGACUGGCUCAUCCCUCUCGGCGCAAUCCUCGUCGCCCUCUUCGCCCUCAUAUGCGUCAUGGUGUUCAUCUUCACGCGCCGGGGCAACUGCAGGGAGUACGGAGGGUGCGGGUCGCAGGGGGAGACCUUGUUCGGGCACGAGUGCCUCGCGGCAAGCCUCUCCAUGCUCCUCCUCGUUGUUCUCUCCCUGGCCGGCCUCUAUUACCUCUUCUGCUUCCGUGGCGGCUGCUACGGGGCUGCACUGACCGAGGUCAUGGCGGGAGCCGCAGGGAGGAAGGCCAAGGUGAUGACCCAGUAG